AUGGAUCAAAAUGAAGCAAACAUUUAUAAUGAAAAUAAUGAAAAUAAUGAAAAUAAUGAAAAUGAAAAUUGUCAAAAUGAACCAAUAAGAAUUAAAAUAAUAAUAUAG